AUGUCUUUGUUCCGAACACGCGAGUGGUGGAGAACAGAGUGCGGUGGCGGUGAAGAAGUUUUCGACGGUCAGAGUCUUCUUGUAGUUCCGCUGUUUGGUGAUGAUAGGAAAGAUAUUAUUGUCGUGUCAAGUCACAGUGGAUUUUUAAGAUUGUACAGUCCGUCUUCUAAAUGGGAUGAAGAAAAAAUAAACCCUACGGGGUAUCAAUUGACGGAUUUGAUAGUUGAGGGUUCUCAGGAUCUACGACUGGGUAUUCUGACACCCAGCAAGCUUCUCGUUUAUGCUGUUACUUUUACCCCUGGAUCAACUGAGCAUGGUGAUCGAUGCAUCCUGGAAGUAGUUUACUCCCAUGAAUUGCCCGGUUUUCCGGCAUCUCUGACAGCCGGUGCUUUUGGCGGUGCUCGCGGCCGAGAUUUUUUCAGCGUCCAGUGCCUCGACGGGACUAUGCUUUUCUAUGAACAGGAAACACACACGUUUCAGCAAGUACUGAAAGACCGUUUGCUGCCUGAGCAAGUUGCAUAUGUACCGAGGAAUGAUGUUUUUAUAACUUCGAGUCCUGGCUGGAUACUUGAAUGCUACAGGUCAUAG